AUGGCAACAACAUGUGAGGUUGGAAACGAUGCUGUAGAUGAACUAAAUGAUCCUGGUGCUGCUCCUUACGGAAACUUUAUAAACUAUUACACAUUUAAUCCGCCGGAGAACCGCCUCAGUCUGAUCCCAGAGACUCUCCUCCAGGAUUUAGGAUACAGCGGAGACACAACGCUGCUGCUGGACGUGGGGUGUAACUCAGGGGAUUUAAGUGUUGCUUUAUACAAACAUCUGGUGCAGCAGCCUGAGUGUGAAGCAGACAGGAGGAAAGUUCACCUCCUGGGCUUCGACCUGGAUGAGACCCUCAUUGAGCGGGCUCAGCAGACCAACCCUCUGCCUGCUAACAUCUCCUUCCUCCCUCUGGAUAUCACUGAAGAGAACAACAAGCAGCUGCAGGAUUACCUCCACCAGCACAGCAGCUCCCACUUCCACCUGUGUGUGUGUCUGGCCGUCACCAUGUGGGUCCAUUUAAACCAUGGAGACUCAGGUCUGCUGCAGCUGCUCUCUCACCUUGCCUCCAUCAGCCAGCACCUCCUGCUGGAGGCUCAGCCCUGGAAGUGUUACCGCUCUGCAGCCAGGAGACUCAGGAAACUGGGACGCUCAGACUUUGACCACUUUAAGACCCUGAAGAUCCGUGGAGACAUGGCUGAACAUGCCAAGGAGCACCUGGAGAGGAACUGUAACAUGGACCUCAUCCAGAGCUUUGGUAGCACCACUUGGGACCGAAAGCUGCUGCUUUUUAAAAGGAGGUGAGACUGAAGGGACACUGUGGAGAGUAUUUAUUUACAGCACAGGAGCUGCAAGGAUAGAAGACACCAAAUACACAUAUGUGGAGAAGAGGAGGACACUAUAGUUGAAGUAAUUGCCAGUUAAUGUCAACUGAAUGAUGAUUUUUAAUAAUGAAGUAAAGAAGCCCAAAAGUUCAUGCAUUCCAUCUUCUUAAAUGUGAAAAUGUGGGUGCAUCUUUGUGUUAAAUGACAGUAAACUGUAUCAUUGGGUAGUAGACUUCCACUCAUAGAAAACUGAAGAUGAUUUUUCAUUAUUUUCUGACAUGUUAUGACCUAACUGUAGAUCAAUUAAACAAGAAAAGGCAGAUUCACUGAUAAUGACAGUAAUUGUUCAUCACAUCUCUAAAAAUGGAUAUUGGGAUAUGUGACACAUUUUAAAUGAUUAUUU